CCUACCAGAGUCUGAGGCGUAAGGUCGCUUUAAGAGAUAGCUCCUAUCAGUGAUCGUGGCAGGACACCACCUACCUUCUCCUCCACCACAAACUCUGUUGUGUCUCACCUGAUGCAGAGCGGAGCUCCAAGUCUCAGGGGAAGGACCAUUCCGGCAUAAAAUGAGGACUGCCGAAGAUUAAGGAGGAGGGAAGGCUGUAAAAAAUGCAAAUAUUAUUCAUGAAGUAAUUACAGCAGGUGUGACACAACAAAUUAAUUUAAUUAGUUCCGAGCCUUUGACGUGAACCGGGGAAAACCAUCAUGGAGCUGCAGCACAACACCAAUCACAACCAGGCCUCGUGGAAAGAGAUACCAUGGGAUUUCACAGAGGACUGCUCACUCUCCGUGAGUGGCACCACUUUCCUCAUUGUUGCUUACAGUACAGUUAUGGCAGUGGGUCUCAUCGGGAACUCGUGCCUGGUGUUUGUCAUCACUCGGCAUAAGGAGAUGCGCAACGUCACCAACAUCUUCAUUGUCAACCUGUCUUGCUCCGACAUUCUCAUGUGCAUUGUCUGCCUGCCCGUCACCAUUAUCUACACUCUGAUGGACCACUGGAUACUAGGAGACACACUCUGUAAGCUCACGCCCUUCAUUCAGUGUAUAUCAGUCACUGUUUCCAUCUUUUCCCUCGUCCUUAUCGCCAUGGAGCGCUACCAGCUCAUUGUCCACCCGACUGGGUGGAAGCCCAUGGUGGGCCAGUCCUACCUGGCCGUGGCUGUCACCUGGAUCGUAGCCUGCCUAAUCUCAGUGCCUUUCCUGUCAUACAGCGUACUUGCCUUGCCUUUCCAGAACCUGAGCAUCCCCCUCCCAGUGAGCGAUCACCUCGUUUGCAUGGAGCGGUGGCCAACGCUCGAAGAACGGCGAGCUUACACCACCUCCCUGCUCGUCUUCCAGUACUUCCUUCCUCUCAUCCUCAUCAUGGUCUGCUACCUGCACAUCUACCUGCGUCUAAGAAAGAGGAAGGACAUGGUGGAGCGAGGCAGGAACACCACUCAAAAGAAAAACAAGGGAUCCACAAGGAUCAAUGCCAUGUUAAUCACCAUAGUGGUGGCAUUCACCCUGUCCUGGCUCCCCCUCAACGUAUUCAACGCUGUGUUCGACUGGAACCACGAGGCCAUCCCGUCCUGCAGCCAUGACAUCAUCUUCUCAUUCUGCCACCUCACGGCCAUGGCCUCCACCUGCAUCAACCCCAUCAUCUACGGUUUCCUCAACAGCAAUUUCCAGAAACAGCUCAAGUCCACCCUGUUGCGCUGUCGCUGCUGGGGGGUGGCAGAGAGGUACGAGAGUGUCCCGCUCUCCACUGUCAGCACAGAGGUCACAAAGGGGUCAAUCUUGAGCAAUGGAUCUAUCAGCAUCAAUACUUAGAUCCAAGCCCUUUCAGUAAAAGACAAAGAAACGACUGGGGCCUCAUGGCCCUCAUUGUGUCAUCCUUAAGAGCUUUUCUUGCUUCAUUGCGUGCAAAAGCAAGGUUGACAUUUACAAAGUUACAAACCUCACAAUAGCAGUCCAGAGGGAGCAGACUGAAGACACUUAACCAGCAUGGCGCGGCGCCCUGGAUUCAGAACAAGUUCACAUGUAAGAGGGAGUAGAUAACAAAAUGAUGGUGCAAAGGUUGGACAAGUUUAAGUAUUGUUGGGCGACUGAAGACACUUUACAUGAGCACUUUUGCAACUGUAGUCUGUAUUAUCCAUACCCCAUGUACUGUGGGUAGAUCUGAAUGAAGAGAAAGCAUUUAAUCUGGUAUACAAAUGUCAUAUUUUCUCUAUCUAUUACUGGGAUGUAUUCAGAAGUCAUGUUUAAAUGAAUAUCAGUUGUUUUGGAUUUGCUUUUCUCACUUUUACCUGCUGUACAUGUGAACAAUAGAAUCACUGGGGAGGAUUGAAAGGACAACAGGGUUUGGGCUGUUCUUUUCACUUUUGCUGUUUUAUGUUAAUAGUAUUGAUGAAGAUAUUAAGGGAUUGUGAACUGUGAUGUGUUAGUGAUUAUCAACAGUGUAGCGUAUUACACAAAACUGGAGAGAACAUUAGUGCAUUAAAUCUGUCUCCAGGCGCUCAUUCAGCUGGUUUACUAGCAUUGUCUUAAUGCUUUUCUUAUUACCUAAAAUUACCACAAACGAUGUAAUGAUCCUUUACAGAGAACCUUGGCACGAGCUAUAUAUAUUUCUGAUGUCUGCCGAGGUCUGAGUUCCUCCUAUACUGUGUGUGGGAUGAUUUUUCUCAUAAAAUAUUCCAUACAACAGCCAUAUAUCAAGUGCCAUAAAACAGAAUAAAAAAUGGCAGUAAAGGACUUUGUCAAAGCAGGGUUCUUCUGCUGUAAAUAACAUUACUAAAUACAUGUGUUGCCUGUAAAAGAUGUGACACAGUUAUAGUUUAUGGUGUGGUCUGCAAUAAAGAGCACUGUGUAGCAUAGCGGAUAUCUCCUAGGAAACCUGUUGUCAGUCACUUCUUUUUGUGGUAUUGAACUGAAUUAAAACAUUUAAUAUUACCUU